CAUAUCUGUUGUUUCAUGCAGUGCUGACUUCCUAAAGCCAAGGCGACUGAAAACGCAGCGGAGAAGACGUCUGGUUCGGAUGCUUUCUUGAAGCUGGACCCCGUCCACCAAACCCAGGCUGAGACAAGCACCUCUGCCCCUACUGUCGACUCUGCUAGCAAGAACGACACUUCCAACGUCGGCAUGCCCAUUACCUCCCUCGCUCCUGAUACUGCUGUAUUGAGCAACAACCCCAAACCAAGCGCAACAGAGACCACUGGCAUUACGGACAAGGUCUGGAAGGACACCCCGCUAGAUGAUAUCAGCCGCUCAGGUGCUCCGGGAGCUGGCCCUACAGCACCCAGUCAUGUCACUCCUGCAACUCCCGGUCUUGACGCGAACACAGCUACCACCAUCUCUUCUGAUGCUGCUAUCAAGACUUCAGCCCCCGACUCAGUGACGGCUUCGUCCGGUCUUUACUCUGGUUCCGAGCCUCAGCGUUCAGAAACUGAUGCUGGCCUCAACAAGACCGAGGCGGAGAAGGAAGCCGAGAAACGUGAUACUCCAGCAUGGACAAACACGGGCGUGACUUCGGAUAGCAGCAAGUACGAAGAGGACGUUACCAAACAAAACGCCGCUUCUCCAAAGGAGUCCAAGAGUACGUUAACACAAAAGGCUAUGCAUAUUCUGAGUGGCGCUGACGGUAUGGCAGGCGUGGCGGAGACGGAGACAGGUCGCAAGUUGUCGUCUGAUAGCCAUGAGGAGAAGGGCGGCAAGAUGUCGCACUUGAAGGAGAAGAUGAAGAACAAGCUUCACAUUGGCUCCAAGGACAAAUAGACCCAGAUGCUUCCGCUGCUCUACACUGCGAGGAGCUGGUAAAAGCAACAUCUGUUUGAUGAAGGACGAGAUUUGAUACCACGGCAAUAACAGCCAUACUUACGAAGAAGAUUCUUGUAAUGACCUUUCUUUAGAUAGUAAUCUAAUGGAUUAAGCUAAGUUGAGCUUCCUUGCGUGCAUGGUCCAAUCAAUGCC